UAAUUUGGAGAAAAUGCCUGACUAUAGACCAGAAGAGGACUUGGACUUCCUUCCUAUUUUGUACCCCAAUAAAACUGCAACACAAGGCAGCUGUCAAGUUGAGUCAAGCACAACUGGAAGUCAAGCAUCUGGUGUUGUAGACCCAUUGCAAAGUAAUGAAGUUUUUUCACAGGUUGAUGAUGAUGAACUAUUUGCUAGUACAUACAAUACUAGUGAGACAGUCAAUAUAGAGGAACAAGAUAUACCUGAUGAAGACUACGAUAGUGAAGAUGUGGAACUCUUACAUGAACCAGAGAUAAAUGAUGAUGAAGAGAUUGAUCUCACUGGUAAAAUUCAAGAAACGUUAAAUUCAACCCUUGAAUUCAAGGAGUUCGUUGAAGAUACACAGAAGAUUGAUGGCGACUUCAAGUUAUCUGAAAAGCAAGAAUUUGUGGAGAAGCUAUUUGUUGGGCAGCAAUGGUUGAGCAAACAACAUUGCAGGGAUUAUUUGAAGGAUCUAGCACUUGACAUGAAUUAUUGUAUGGUACAAAAAAAGAACAAGGAAAAGAUUCAAUCAUACAGAUGCAAGGAUGAAACUUGUGAAUGGAAGAUUUACUGCUCUGUACUACCUGAUGGGCAAACAUUUGAAUGCAAAGCAGGUGUAAAGUUGAUGUGUGAAAAAUGGUUGAAACCUGGUUUGUGA